CUUAACUUUCAGCACGAAAAUAUGAGAGCCAUGCAUUCGGUCCUGGUCGGUGCCUUUCUGACCCUGCUGCUCUGCCUCCCCAGCCCCGCUCUAGGAGUAUCCUACUUUGGGGACAGCCACUGCAAUGUACAGACCUUCCAAGAUGUCUCCUCCUUCCACCUGUCUCUGCAGAUCAAGACGAGUCGGCGCAGCGGGCUGCUGCUACUGGCUGCAGGGGAGGAGGACUACCUGUUCCUUGAGCUGCAGAAUGGGAAUAUCCAGGCUCGGAUGAACAUGGGGAAGGACGAGGUGACACUUUCUUCAUCCCAAGGAGUUCAGCUUAACAACCUUCUGGAGCACAAAGUCUCCCUCACACUGCAAGACGGCAAACUCACCAUGACCAUUGAUGAGCUCUUCUCGACGUACGUUCCUGUGGAGGAUGAUAAAGAACUGCUAAAUAUUGACCGGGGCAUUUGGCUUGGAGGAACAGGAGACUUGAAUACUAACUACCUCAACAAUGCCAUUCCCCCUUUCCGUGGCUGCAUGACUGAGGUCAAAUUUGAGUCCCACCAGUUUGAUAUCCUCAGCGCAGUGUAUAAAGACUGCCAUCACACGAAGGAAUCCUGCAGCACUGAGUUUGAAGCUGGUGAUGGGGAGGCAAUUAGUUUCAGCACUCCUGAUUCCUUUGUGUCUUUCCCCACCUGGAGCGGGGCUAGUGGUGCCCCGAGGGCCCUCGAAUUCCUAAUGAAGACAACCAUCGAGGAUGCUCUACUUCUUUUCCACCCUGGCAGAGAGUCUGACUUCGUAGCUGUUGGUGUUGUGAAAGGCUUUCUCAAAGGUAUGCUGGAUGUCGGAAAUGGCUUGGAGAUCCUGGAGAAUACCCAGGUGCAGCUGGAUGAUGAUCAGUGGCAUAGAGUUAAGGUUGAAGUCAGUCCGGAUUCAUUUGUCAUCAAUGUAGAUAGCCAGUCUUCCUCCCUCCCUCUUGAUUCAUCACAACAAUUGGACUUGGUUGGAAACUUGUAUUUGGGAGGCAUCCAGGGGAGAAUGAAGGAUGUGUUUCGUGAGAGCGGGUCCUUAAGUCAAGUAGAGGAAGAAAUGACAGCCGAAUCCUUCAUUGGUUGUUUUGGAGAAAUCAAAGUUAAUCAGAAGUAUAGAAGCCUGCAGGAUGCUUUGAUCACCAAAGAUAUUCAUGUUAAAUGUGAAGGAGAGGACUAUGACUACUCAAGUUACGAUGACACAGACUCAACUACAACUUCUCCCCCUGUUCAAAUCAAAUAUGCUGAUAUAGACAUCAUUGAUCAGCAUUGCUAUCCAACAGACGACACACCAGAGAUAUACAGAAAUGUAACGAAACUUCUUGAUGUCACUACACUAAUCGUGCCUGAAGGUGGAGAGGCUUUAAUCGAUAUCAACAACCUACUCCCCACAUUUAACCUCAGUGCUGCAGGACUGAGAGAGUCUCAGAUCAUAUUUACUCUCCAGACUGAUCCCCUGUAUGGCUUGGUUGAUAUGAACACAAACACAAGACGCACACAAAAGUUCACUCUUCUCGAUAUUGUCGAGGAGAAGAUCAAGUAUAUGCAUGAUGGAAAUGAACGGCAUACAGAUCAAAUCCAGCUGCAGGUUGUUGUUCAAAGUAAUGACUUCCUCCCUGAAUGUUUGAAGACUUCUCAGGAGUAUGUCCUUCCAGUUGAAAUUAUUCCCUUUAAUGACAUACCACAACUUGGUGGAGGAGAAAUCACCCUUACAGCAAACGGAAGAACUCGUUUGAGUCCAAGCCUUAUUAAAAUCGUAGAUUCUGACAGCCGCUGUGAUGAAUUAGCAGUAACUGUAUCCUCAGAGCCUCCAGUGGAAGUUGGUUACUUAGAAAACAGUCAACAGCCAGGAAGAAGCAUCUCAGAGUUCACCUGCAGAGAAUUGAAGGAUGGAAAUAUCUAUUUUGUUCACAGAGGGGGUAGUGCUGUUGAAAUUACCCUGGAGGUGUCUGAUGGACAAUCAGAAAGCCAUUCAACUACUUUAAAGUUUUCUGUGACACAGCCACAUAUGACUCUUGUCACCAACACUGGCCUCCACUUGGUUCAAGGAACAAACACGUCCAUGGGUGUUCAAAAUCUUGCUGUCAUAGCUCAUCCGCGUAAUGGAGAUGCCAUGUAUAACAUCACUAAGCCUCUGAUACUUGGAGAACUUCAGAUAAUGACAAGCGAUGGAAUAUACAGGCAGGUUACAACUUUCCAUCAGUCAGACCUAGAUCAAAAUCAGCUGAGAUACAUUAGCACAGACUCGAGAAACCAGGAAGAAACUGUGAGCGAACAAAUUCAGUUUGAUGUCCACUUGGGGAGGUUCUCCCUCUGGAACAACAUCUUCUUAGUCAACAUCAUCCCUGCUCAAGUAAGAGUUACAACUAUGGUCCCGCUGGAAAUGGAGGCUGGUGAAGAGCAAACAAUUGGAUCCACAGAGCUUCAAGUUGAAGUGAUAGGGGAAAACGUAGACCCAGAAACUGUCAAAUACAUCCUUGUCAAGCUUCCAACACUUGGCAGUCUGCAGCUGUCAGACACAGAGUUGGCUGUGGGUGACAUCUUCACACAGAAGGACAUUUUAGAAAAUACAGUUAGCUACAGGGUGCGUGUGCAAAGAGCUGUGGAUAGUUUAGACCAGUUCCAGUUCAGAGUCAUGGCGAAUGAUCGGUAUUCCCCUCUGUACACCUUCCCAAUUACCAUCCUUGCCAACGCCGAUGCUCCAGUUGCUUCAGUUUUGACCAAUGAAAAGCUGUUUGUGUUGCAGGGUGGUGAGCAUACUCUGAACAACAAAUUCCUUUGGAUGCACUCUCCAGUUUCUACAGAUAUUGUGUACCGAGUCACACAGGGUCCAAAGUACGGAAGAUUGAUAAGGGACUCCCCUCCCGGGCAGCCUAGAUUUGAGGGGGCAAUAAGAGUAUUCAGUAAUGAGGACCUCCAAUUUGACAGGCUUAUUUACAAGCACGACGGCUCCAAGACAAGCAGUGAUGAGUUCCGUUUUUCAGCAGAAAGUCAAGACAAUCAAGAAACAAUAAACGAUGUUUUCAGGAUAACCAUCCAAUCCAAGAACGAGCAUGCUCCUGUGAGGGUUGUGGACAAAUUCUUCAAUAUCGUCCGCCACGGUCAGCGCCUGCUAACAACAGAUGUCAUCCAGUUUAAGGACGACGACUCAGGUUUCAAUGACACUCAAAUUGUCUACGCCCGUGAGGGAAUCCUCUCAGGAAACAUUGUCUCAACAUCUAAUCCCUCGCAGCCCCUUUUCCGUUUCACACAAGCCGACCUGAGAGAUAAGAAGAUCCUCUUCAUUCACCACGGAGCAGACCGGGAACGCUUCCCGCUGCAGGUGUCAGAUGGCUUUCACAAGACCACUGCGCUGCUUGAAAUCCAGGCAGGUGAGCCCUACCUGCGAGUUGUAAACAACACAAUCAUUGUCAUCGACCAUGGAAGCACCAAGACCCUUAACACCACACUGUUGAGCGCUGACUCCAACAUGGACGUCAGAGAUGACAGUGAGAUCAAGUUCCAGAUCACAACGCCACCCAGCAACGGCAAGAUUAUUGUGAGUGGGAUUGAGUCUUCAGAGUUCACCCAGGAGGACCUGAAAAAAGGAGUCAUUUCAUAUGAGCAUAAGUACGAGAGUCUGAGGUCCAAGGACUCCUUCGGCUUCACCGUCCAAGCAAGAGGACAUUCUGAGGACGGCACAUUUAGGAUAAGAAUAUUCAAGCAAGGUUACUUCUCUGAGCCUGAGUUGGUGAACAAUAAGGUCAUCAUUUCCUAUGAGGGAGAGCACACCGUAAUCAACCAGAACAAUCUCAAGGUGGAUCAAGCUGAUAUACUUCCUACAGAAAUGCUGUUCACCAUUAAAGAGUCUCCUCGUCUCGGACAUGUGGUGAAGCUGACCAACAACUCGGACAGCCCAGACUCGCAUGUCCUCGACUACAUUCACUCCUUCACUCAAGAGGACAUUAAUCAGGGACGCAUUCUUUAUGUGUCUGCAUCCAUCCAGGGCAGUGACGCCUUCACAGUUGAUGUCAGUAAUGGUUUCACUACAGUGGAGGACCUGCGCGUCUCUGUAAACAUCGUGCCGCGGAUCAUCCCCAUCCAGACCUUCAACUUCACAGUGAAGGAAGGCCUCAGUGUGGCGAUCAAUGCAGAGAUUGUUAACAUCUCACAUCCCUUCUACAGCUCAGCAAACAUCGAAUUUCUUGUUGAAGAGGCACCAAAGCACGGGGACCUCCGUUACCUGGAUGGAGACGAACUUGAUUACUUUACAUGGGAAGAGAUAAAACUUGGACACAUCUACUACAUGCAUGACAGCACUGAGAGCACAGAGGACAGUUUUACACUCUCUGCCUCGGCUUAUGAGAUCGACCGCCGGAGCCUCCCUGUCACCAUCUCAGUGACUGUCAUAGCAGUCAACGAUGAGCCGCCAAAACUGACACGUAACACGGGACUGGAGCUGGAGUCAGGCGCGGUGUACUAUGAGCACCAGAUACCUGAGGAUCCUUUUUGGGUUGUGAGGGACUCCAUAGAACUGACUCUGUCCUCCCAACCAGCCCCAGACGUCCGUCACAUUUUGCCCAUCACCAUCGCUUACUACGCUGCUCACAGCAACAUCUCCUCACAGCUGUGGAGGAACAAAGGUUUGGAUAUUGUGCAAGGCCAGAGGAAAGCCCUUGACGAUUCAAUUCUUGACGCCUCAAAUCUUCUGGCUAUCCUACCUGAAGAUAAGCGGGGCAAUGUGAAUGUGAUUUUCGAUAUGAAGCAUUUCCCUGACCACGGUCGUAUCACCCUUGGUGGUCAGGACCUGUCCGGUGCUGCCCAGUUCUUUAAGCAGCAAGACAUAGCUCAGGGAAAACUGGAGUAUGUCCAUGAUGACUCUGGUGCUUCCUCUGACAGCUUCUCCUUCAGUGCCAGUCUAAAGUUUAAGGGUGAGUUUGUGGCCGCACCUUCGGAUACGCUGAUCCAAGAGGAGGUAUUUCACAUCGCAAUCAAACGGCGGGGCUCUGACUCCCCAAAACUAGUCACAAUAGACAUGCUCUUGGAGGUUUUCCAAGGCUCCGUAACCGUUUUGUCCCAGAAGCAGUUUAACACUCAAGACGAGGACAGUUCGCCAGAUGAGGUAUACUACAAAGUGACAAAAGCCCCCAGCAAUGGUCGAGUGGUUGACCGACUCACAAUGGACCCCAUCUCUGAGUUUACGCAGGAGAUGGUCAAUCAUAUGCAGGUGGGCUUCGUCAGCGAUGGCAGCCUUUCCGAUGGUUCUAUGGAAUUCAUCGUUUCGGAUGGAGAACACCAAACAGAGCCACACACGAUCCACAUUGGCGUCCUAGCUCGGACCUUGCUUCUUGACAAAGCCCCUGAGAUCAAGGUGAAGCAAGGCGAUGAUGAGACCCUGGUGACUGAGGAGAUGUUGAAGGUAACUACCGGGGGCCCUGUUGAGGAGGACAUCCUUUACAAGAUCACAAGUGUACCUAAGUAUGCAGCUGUUAUGGUAGACCGGCAGCCUACAUCCGCCUUCACCCAGAAACAGAUCAAGGAAGGCAGAGUCAGUGUCCGCUUUGUAAAGUCCACUUCACCUCGGGACAGUGUUGCAUUUGUAGCCCGUAGCAGGGGUGCCAAUGUCACCUCUGUCCUCAACAUCACGGUGCAGCCUCUGGCCAACAUCGCUCAGGAUCCUCUCUUACCUCAAGGCGCACUUGUUAAACUCGACAGGAAGCUUCUGGAUGCAACUCCUUUGGCAAACAAGACGAGAACCAACCCUACGUUCACUGUCAUCCAGCAGCCUCAGGGGGCUCACUUUGUGUGGUCUAGAGGUCCUGGUGCAGGUCAGCCAGUGGACACAUUCAGCCAAAAGGAGCUAGAUGAGGGCCGCGUAGCUAUGGAAAUCCUAGAGAAGAGCCCUUCUGGAUCACGGGGUAGUGUCAUUCAGGAUGAGGCCCGCUUCCUGCUCAAAGCCCAUGGGGUUCCUCCGGCAGAAUGUGUGUUUUCCUUCCAGACGGGCCCCUACAAUGCCUCUGGGGUCUACCCUGCCACUCUGUUGAGGCUUCCCUUAGAUGACCCAUCAAGGGAAAGUAAUGACAUCCCUGAGGUAGCCGGGUCCCCUCGAUCCACUCAAGCUAGUCCCCGCUGGAAUGGUGACAUGGACUGGCCCAAUGGACAAGCCCCCACCACAGCAUCUGCAGGCGCUGGCUCCGGCAGGAAUCCACAUGUUGCCCGGCGCAGCAGCUUCUGGUCUAUUCUCAUCCCAAUCCUGGUCAUCCUUCUCCUGUUGAUGCUGGCAGGCGUCUUGGCCUACUACUUGAUUCGUAAAAACAAGACAGGCAAACACAACGUCCAGACGGCAGCAUCAAAGCCCAAAAACGGAGAGGUGGCUACCGGCACAGAAACCUUUCGCAAAACUGACCCGGCCAAUAACAUCCCAAUGUCAAACAUGGACUCCAAAGACGCAGACCCAGAGUUGUUGCAGGACUGUCGGACAACGAACCCGGCCUUAAAAAAGAACCAGUACUGGGUCUGAGACACUUUGAGAUAGGACACAGAGGGAAGUGGAUCCUCGAGUGUUUGGAAGUCUCCUUAAAUCAUUCCUCUCAGUAUUAAAGACCUCUUGCCACACCAGUUUAGAUGAAGAUUAUUUUUUGACACCAUUAGUUAUUUACUUAUCUCAACAUAACUGUGGACAAAUUCUCAGGCAAUGAAACACUGAAUACGUAUUGGCAAAUAAAGAGGCAGUUUCUUAUCGGAGGCUCAGGCCAUGUCUAUUUAUUUUAGUUGUAUCAUUCCUCUUCGUCAAAGGGCACACAUUAAGACAUAAACACGCUGUGUGUUUGCAAAAAAGUAUCCUGGGUGUGCUCCGUCAUUGUAAUCCAUAUGAUAUCAUAGGCCAAUAUUAUUCAUUUGAGUUGAUAGGUGAUUGAAAGUUUUUGUGACGAUUUGAUUUUUUUGUUUUCCCGGAAAGUUGAUAAGCCGUGUACAUAGCUGAAGAGGUAAACAUAUGCUGUAUUAUCGAGAAAAUGAAAAACUGCCUCUUUGUGUUUUCUCUUUUACUUUUCAAUGUUUUUAAGGUACCAUUUUAUUGUGUUUCUCAGGGCUAAAUUCAACUUAAAGAAAUCGUUUUUUCAAAGCAAUAUCAGAGAAUGAUACCAAUCUCAUAUUUGCUUAUUGAAAUAUGAAGUAACAUCCAGAAGUUAGUUUAGCUAAGUCAAAUGACCAAGGUGUUUCCAUCCGAAAGUAUAAUUAUCCAUUACCAGCGCUUCUAAAGCUCACUACCUAACAUGCUAUAUCUCUUUUGUAUAAUCUUUGUAAAAAAAAAAGGGAAACAAAAGAAAGAAGUUGUGCUUUUAUGGGGGAUAAUGCCCCAGAUUUUUGGCUAACAGUGACUUGCUGAAUGUGGCUAGUUGGGACGGGACAAGUUAGCUGUUGCACGUCUUUAGAGUUUGCUUUGCUAUGCUAUGCUAUGCUAUGCUAUGCUAUGCUAUGCUAUGCUAUGCUAUGCUAAUGGUUUCCUGUCCUGUUGCUUCAUUUUGAACGGACAGAUAUGAGAUUGGUAUUUACCUUCUUAUCUAACUCUUAGUAAUAGAGCAAAUAAGCUUAGGCUCUUAAAAUGUCAUCACACAAGAACAUUUCAGUAGUUUUACUUUUGUCUGGAAGGAAGAUCGUUUGAUGAAAAGCUUGUUGCAUUCACAUACAUAGGUUUAAUUGAAUUUAGCUCAGAGUAACGUCAUCGUCGUCUAUCACAUGAUAUUAUUGUUGAUGCUUCCAUAAGUGCUUGUAAAUAUUCACUGGACUGGCACAGCACUGACAUCGAAACCACACGGUACACAGUUAGCAGACCGCAGGCAGAGGCUAUUCUGGUAGCAUUGGUCUUUAACACAUCCGUAAUGGCUGACAGGCAGCGGUGAGGUCAUCUACUUCUGGGAUGUUUCCAGUUUCCUAGUCUGCAAUUAACAAUUUAUUAAUAAAAAGACGGUUAGUGCUGGGAUGGGGAUAAUGAAAGGAAAUACUCUGCUGUUUAGGUCACAUUGGUGAAGCAAAGGAGGACAUUGACAGUUUGUUUCUCACAGCUAUUCUUGGUUUUAAGCAUUCCAUAUGUAAGCUAUUGAAAUCCUGAGAUUUUCUUUUUUUUACUUUUUACUCUUAGACUUAUUUUGUAUGUUGAAGCUUAAAGGAGCAUUACUGUAAAAAUACUCCUUUUUGUUCCUCCUUGUUCUCAUUCUUUGUUGUCACUCUGGCUUGUGAUGGUUAUCUUGUUUUUGAAUGUUGAAUGAAGUAGGUGAAUUAGAAAGUGUAGAAGAAGACUACGGUGAAGAAGAAAGUGUUUAAUGAAAUAUCAGAUAACUAUUUUGGAUCCACUAAAGAAAAAGAAAAGACUCGACAUUUAUAUUUUGAAAACUGUUGGACUAUUUGCUGUACAUUUCUUUUUAUCAUACUGUAUGUCAAUGACAACUUAUUCUUUGUUAGUCAUUUACUGAAAAUAUAAUAAUUCCUUCGCAGUACUCAUCGUGUAUUAUUGAUCUUCUAUUUUUGUAGUGUUCAAGCGGAAAAUAUAAGUAGAGAUUUUACAGCACAGAGCUCAGGAAGUGAUGUGUUUCGGGAGACUAUGUAUUUCCAUUGACAUCGCUUACAUCAAAUCGAAAUAAAAGUAUUGGUUUCUCCUACAGGAUACCACAUCCACAGCUUAUCAGUUUUAUGUGUAAAUAUUUGUUUUUUAAGUAAGAUUUAUGCGCUUAAUUCAUGUCUUGAAUCAUAUAUUUAGUGUAUAUCAUGUUUGUCGUCGAAGGUACUUGUACAUGUAACUACAUUUAAUUUGACCAAUCAACUGCUAAAUAUGCCUGUGUCUUUGUUUGUGUUUCUUUUUGUGUUUGUCUUUGCAGGUGCCCAUACUCUGUCACUCUUUUGUUUUCUCCUUACAGCUUUUUUCAUUUUCAUCACCACACCUCAUUCUUUUCAUUAUUUAUUAUUUCUGACCAUCUCCAUCAAGUCAUACUCAAAUUGUGUGCUUUGUCAGAGAUUAAACUGUAAUCUGUAACAACAGCUGCCUUUAAAAGAUAAUAACUCAAAGAAAUGUUUAGAUUUUUUGAAAACGAGUCAUGUCUAUUGCUGCAGAAUGCCUCUGAGCUUGUUCUCGGCACUAAUUGAAAUAAAAACGUUCAUGCAACAAAACCAGCGUUAAUUGUUUUCAGUCAGUGACUCUUUCGUUAUACUCAAAGCUAAUUGUAUUAUCUAAAUAGUUUUUAAUUGGCCUUUUUACCCAAUUAAAAUGUUCAUGAAUCAGAUAUCAGAUCAUUGUAUCACUUGAAAGUGCUGAGAAAUGACUUUGUGCUUUCAUGCCUCAAUUACUGUAAUGUAUUACACUCUUUCCUGGGCAGAGGCGUUCUUCUUAGGAUGAUAUAAUGUAGGAGGUUAUCUUUUUACACAAAGUGCAUGGAGCCGCUCUUGGCCGGUAAUCAUAGCCUCCGUUGAAGAAAAAUUGAAUUUGAAACCUGAGUUAUU